GCGCCACAAAUAAAUUUAUGUUUGCCAUUGUCGAGAGGAAGAAGUUAUUGUUAGACAGACACGUUGUCCAAUUUGAUGCCACGGUUAAGUGUAUGGAUGGAGUGUUAGGAUUAGCUUGCUAACAGCUGAAACAAAGAUGAGCGUUAAAGUCAAUCUGAACGCCAUGCCUUCCCACCUUCUUGAUGGUGGCCUCCAACGGGAAGCUAUUCGAAUUGGCAGGCCCAGUUCAGAAUUCAAAAUGGCCCCAUGGGAUUUUACUCCUAUUGGAGAGGCUGUGAUGCUUCAGUUGUCAUAUUACAGAAAUCCCAAAGUUCUCCUCUCAGAGAAGGCCUUGCGCUUGGCCUAUCGGCAUGCAAGAAAGAACAACAAGUCUCAGUUCACCUGCUUCUUACUCGGGACGCUGCUGGUGGAUAAAGAUGAAGAAGCUGUGACCAUUACUCUGGACAGACUGGACCUUGGCAGGGAGAAACCAGGAUCGGGCCAAAAGGUCCCAAAUUCCUCUCUGCCUGGCGAUGUGGUGGUACCCUGUUCGCUUGAAGCUCGAACGGUCAGCUUUUCCACCAAGACUACCGCUGCCCACUUUGCAGAGAACCUCAGUAUAUCUUUCAAGACUCUGAAGCAGAGUUGUACCAGUAAGGAGACUGUGGAGCUGUCUGAGCUCCUGAAGCUGCGAUUCUGGCUUAGCUGCGUGGAGAACUCUGACAGCCUCAGCUUUGGACUGCACUGGGCAGGCGUCACCUUUGCCACCGCCCUGAAGGCCUCAGCCAUCAAAGCCAUCCCAGUCAUCCCCACCGCCCUCGCCCGAAACCUCACCUCCCUCUCCAGCCUCACACAGCCCAUCGGCACAAUUGGACAAAAGCGAGGAUAUUUAACCAUGGACCAAACUGGGAAACUGCUGCUAAUUCUGGAAUCGGAUCCGAAGGUCUACACCCUGCCGUUAGUCGGAGUGUGGUUGUGUGGAGUCACUCACAUCCAUAGUCCUCAGGUGUGGGCCUGGUGCCUCCGCUUCCUUUACAGCUCCGCCUUUCAGGAGAGAGCUUUCGCUGAUGGAAGGGGCUUCUUGGUGGCGUUGUACUCUCUAACACACAGACAGCCAGAGUUCUACCUGUGCCAACCAGCUAGCAGAGAUGCUCAAGAUCUGGACUGUCAGCUGCUCACCAGCGAAGAGACCAUCACACUCUAUAAGAAUGUGGAGCCGAACGAAAAGAAGUUCUUCCAGUUUGACCUCAGCGCAGGGAGCCAAAACCAGGAGUCUGAGCUGUACAAAGAACUCCUCUCCCGCUCCACCUUCAACAGGUAUCUGAGUGGGGCACCAGUUUCGGCCACUCCUAAGAGCAGGUUGUCCAUCAGUGACCACGACUCAGGGCUGGAGGAAGAGGACCUGUCUCCCAGGCCCUCCCCAAACCCACACCCAGCUGGGGAACAGGGAAGGCCGCUGCUGCCCACGAUGCCAGAGCUGUCCUUGGUGAUGGACGGCAGCUUCGUGGCUGGUGCAACGAAGCCCCCAGGCGGUGCUCCAGCCGCCCCCCUUCCACACCUGCAGCGAAGGGAGUCUGCCGGCUCUCCCAGGCCUCACACGGGCCUCAACGUCCCUGGACAGAACCCGUUUGGUCCCCCCUCCCCCGCAAUCAGUAGCACCAGGGUUUCUCCUGCCAAAGGCCAUGACGGAACAGUGGAACGCCAAGCACCGCAUCAGUUAUCCCCGCCACCCAAAGCUGGCGUUCGACACCCGGGCUCUCCUCUUGAGGCCAGUGGACACCACCAUCAUCAUCAUCAUCAUCAUCCUGUGGGAGAGUUUGCUAUGGAGUCUACCCCCCGUGGUCCGCCAUACCAGUCUGAACGCCCACACCACCCACCACACAGCAGACUGUCUGGCCCCCUGUCAGCUCCGCCUGUGCCAGCCCCGUACGCGGCCCCGCGGCCCCCAUUGCAGCCAGUCAGCAGCUGCUGCCACUGCCACCACGCUGAAGUCUGCCCUUCCUACCAGCACCAGCCGUGGCCAGACGCCGUCUUGCCUUUGGGCCUGUCGCAGCACACCACUCCCCUCAAAGCCACAGCACUUCCCAUUCAGCCCAAAUCCACUCCGCCUAGAGAUUACUGCACGUCACCGCCUCACCAAGCGGCAUGUACGGCCACUAACCCUGCUGCCAAUCCUCGAGCGGCCAGAGUGACUCCUCCGAGAGCCUGUUGCCUCUCGCCACCUCACCAACAUGGUCAUGGUCCAAUGUGUGUGACUGACACUCCCCCCUCACACGGGUCUUGGCAAUGCGCAUCCCAAACCAACGGGCACCACAGCCAGCCAGGGGCACCGCUUGGCCAGACCCUGGGUUUGGAGGGCCCUCAUCCUGAUGCCUGCUCCAACGUUCAGAUGAACAUGCUGCCAGUAGAUGCUUAUAAACUACUUAUGGAUCAAGACCGGCAGCUGAAACUUCUGCAAGCACAAAUUAACAAGCUUUUGGAGGCCCAAAACCAACGUGCGAGUUCUCCCCAGCCCUCGGACUGCUCUGUCCCUCAGUCGGGGGAGAAACCUGUCAAGCACAGCACUCAGCAAGCACAGACCUCCCCCAAUCCCAAGAAGAGGACCAGCGUCAGCAUUGCCAUAGGAACAGGAGCUAGCCUGUUUUGUGGAUCUGGUGAAGCUGAGGAGUGGUGGAGAGGAGAUGGUUGUUUGAGGACUCCCAGCAGCAGACGCAGCAGCAGUGGCAGCAGCUCCUCUCAGGCCCAGAGGUCCAGCCCCUCUACCAGGAGUCAAACCCCAAACACCAUGAGCAGAAGAGGGGCGCUGGAGGAGGAGAGGACACAUGAGGAGCAGGACCGCAAUACCUCACAACAAAUGAGUCCUAAUGGUUGUGACUCUGCUGAGAGUCUCAUGCUUGGGGAGAGCGCCAGCAUGAUCUACCGCCGCCACUCCAUCACUACAGACGAGACACAAGGCGCAAGUGUCACUGAUGACCAGAAGUUCUUUCAGGAUUUACUGGGGCAGGUCAACAGCCGUCUGCAGGAGCCCUCUACAGUCUCUGGAGACGUGGACAGAGAGAGCGUCUCUUCCUCCUCCUCCUCUUCUUCUUCUUCUUCCUCCAGCCCUCAGUCACCAGCAGCUGCACAAGCCCCACCUGCCCCCACACGGGCCCCAUCUCACGGGCAGCCCUCUCGGCCCAGGGGGACCACCGUCUACAACGCCACUGUCAAACAGCUGGAGAAGUUGGGAGUCACCAUAGCCCCAAAAGAGAAAGCUAGGAGCACCCAUGUCACCGUGGAAAGUGCCAGCACCCUGGCUCGUAUCAACCCCGAGGCCGUGCUCAACCGCCUGGGCGUGUGUGACCUGACGAAUGGUGGCAGCCUGUGGGCUCCGGGCUGCAGUGCUGACCUCAGCAUGGAGGCCAACUCCAUCGCUCUCAAGUACCUCAACGACACCCAGCUGGCAGCCCUCUCCCUGAAGAAGGCCACCACCAAGCAGACCCGCGCGCUCACAGACACCACCACUCACCUUCCAUCUGCCGGGACUUUUCUGAGCGAGGGCUUAGCCGACAGGACAGCCGGGACGGGCCUCAGCAUGUUUUCGCCUACAAACAUGUCUCUUGCCACGCAGAAAUACAUGAAGCGUUACGGGCUUAUCGAGGGCGGUCUUGACAUCGACGAUGAGGAAGAGGAUGAGGAAGAAGAACACCUGAACAACACUCGUCACACCUCUGUGUCACGCCAGGGCUCUGUGUCAGGCCUUCCGGUACACGAAAAGAGCUCAGGGAACAACAAUGGCACCCACAGGGUCCUGAAGAACAUCACCAACACACAGUCUUCUCCACCCCACCACCCUCCUACUGCCCACACAGACCACAAGGAGCAGAUGUUUAGAGACAUCCGCUCCACCGUACAGGGGCUGCUGCACAGGCAUGAGCAGGCAGAGAGGAAGACCCCCAAUGCGGACAAGAGGACUCCCUCAGUUGCUGCUGCUGCUGCUGUGGAGAAUCAGCCUCCUAACGCAUCAGUAGGUGCUCAAGGCUCUGUGGGCAACUUCCUUGACCUCAGCAGAUUGAGGCAGCUCCCCAAAUUAUUUUAAACCACAUGGACAAAGUUUUUAACAAUUGUUUUUUUAUUAUUAUUUAAAUAAACAUGACCACUCACCCACUUUCAUUGACUGGCUUCAGUCAAUACGCCAAUCACACAUCCUUUAGUUGCUUUUGCAGUAUUUUUUGCAGUAUUUUUUUUGGCAUGUAAGGAUGCCUGUUUGGGUGCCUUCCAUAUGGGUAUUGGAUGAUGUCAGUUUUUGUUGUUGUUUACAUAUUUAUUAUAGUAUGUACACAUAUCAGUGUUUUUUAUGUCCUUGCUUCAUCUUGUUUGUUUGUAUGUUUCUAUUCAAUGAAAUAAAGGUUGAGAUUUGCUACA